UGGUUGUGUUUGGAAGCAGAGCUUGCAGAGCUGAACGGCAAGAUGCUUCGUACCCCCAAGUGCUCAAGGUGCCGGAACCACGGCUAUCUGGUACCAGUCAAGGGCCAUGCGGGUAAAUGCCGCUGGAAGCAUUGCAUCUGUGAUAAGUGCUACCUGAUCACCGAGCGCCAGAAGAUCAUGGCUGCCCAGAAGGUGCUCAAGAACCAAGCUACGGAGGAGCAGGGGGCGACCGUGGGCACGCAGGGUCCCCAGCUGCCUCCUAGGGCUCCGGCUCCGGCAGCCGCGACGGCCACUGCCUCGAGCUCCAGCAUUUGCCCACUGCCUAGGGCGGCUCUGGGAGGUGCUGGGCCAGGCCCCGCGGCCACCUGCUUCCUAGAGAGGUCCCCGCAGGCCCGGAGCCCAGGCCCGAGCGCCUUCCAACUGGUCCCAAGUGGCCGUCCAGGCCCCAGCACCUUCCAGCCUGGAUCGGGGGGCUCCGGGGGACUGCACGACCGUCCUCCCGCGUGGCUGCCCCAGCUCAGGCCACAGGCACCCAGGCCUGAGCUUUGCUGCCCGGAUCAGCACCUGCCAGUGCGGCCCGUGCCCCGACUGCCGUUCGCCGACUACGGGCAUCCUCUGAGAUUCAAGUCUGAUCAUGUGGUAGGAGCUGGGUACCCUGAGAGAGAGCCGUUCAAGCAGUGCCCUGCCUGCAUCCCUGUGCCACCCUACCAGCCCUUCCCACUUUCGGAAGGCCAGGAUUCAUCCUCUGCUCUGGGGGUCCCUCAACAAAGAGGCUUUCGGCACGUCUCCUGCGGCCCCUAUCAUGGAAAUAGCUUGGUGUCAGAACCAGCCAGAGACCUGCAGCCAACCUACUGCUCACCCCCUCCCCCUCCACUACCACCUCCCCCACCCCAGCCACAGCAGCCCCACUUCCUCCCACCAGGCUACCUCUCUGCUCUCCACUUCCUGCCACCGCCACCACCGCCACCAUCUCCACCGUCUUUCUCGCUGACCAUCCUGUAUGAUACAGACAAGGAGAAAACCAGUAAGACAGGGAUAUUCUGGGUGAUGGGGAGGACUGUAGGGGAGAGGUCACCUGAAGUGGGGGGUGGAGAGAGGGGCUGUGGGCUGAGCUCAUUCCUCAGCCCUCCCCGUAGUCUAUAAGUGUGAAUCCAUGGCGGUUAGAACAGGAUUACUGAGGGCAAGGAGUGGGGGAGUAUGCUCACGUUCAUAGAGUGCUCAGUAAAUGAGAGGCCCAGGACUUCUGGUCAGGAAGGAGCCUACAGCCACAGGAGGAGCCAUGCCGGAGACCCCACUGUCGUCAUCCUCCAAGUCCCUUGGACAGGAGCUAGAGAGUCUGCCUGGCAACUCUGCCACUGCUAAUUGAGACACCUGAAUAGGGAGCCUCAGGCUUCCCCCUCACAGGGUCAGCGGUCCUUUGAGAUUUAUGUACACUCUGUGACUUCUUUCUAAUUUUUAAAAACAUGGAUAUUUUCUUUUUGUGCAUAUGUAUAUGCAUGUCUGUGUGUGGGAAGGUGAGCAUGCAUGUGUGUGAAGUCAGAGGAUAGCCCUAGGUGCUACCUUUAGGAACAUGGUCCAUCUCCUUUGAGACAGGACAUUGACCCGGUGCUCACCAGUUAGGCUGGCGUGGCUAACAGGGAGCUGGGGAAUCCCCCUGUCCCCACAUUCCUAGCCCUGAGAUUGUAGACACACACCGCGAUCCCUCUCAGGGAGCAGACUCAGGCUCUCAUGCUGGAAGGCAAGCACUUCAGCUGCUGAGCUAGCUCGCCAGCCUUGGGACUUCUCUCUUCUUUUUUUGAAAUUCAGUUUUUAAGAUCUAUUUAUUUUUUAUGUAUGUGUGAUUGCAGGGGCACAUGAAGGUCAGGGGACAGCUCCAAGCUUGCUAAGCCCUGUCACUGUCACACCACCAAUUCUUAUCUUGGGUUUUCUUUUGAGGUCCCUUAUGGCUUUAAGGUUUCCCUUUAAGUUUAGUUUAGUUUUUUUUAAUUUAUGUGUAUGUGUGUAUACACAUGUAUGUGCAUACGCAUAUGUGCAGAUGCCUGUAAAGGCCAGAAGAGGGCAUCAGGUGCCCUGGAACUGGAGUUCCUGGCAGUUAGGAGCGGUACAACAUAGAUGCUGGAGACUGAACCCGGGUUCGCUGCAGGAGGAGCAAAUGUCCUUGACCACUGACCCAUCUCUGCAGGCUGUCUUCUAAGUUUCUAAGGAUUUACUCUUUUCUGUCUUCUGAACCUCCCCUGAUUUGGAAAAUCCAAAUAGCUCUUUAAAUAAUAUCAAAACAGUCUAUUGAACUGGGUGAGUCUAGUGCUCUCCAGUUUUACUGAGAGGAGACUGAGGCCAGUGACUCAUUCGCUUUGCAGCUGGUGCAGCAUGACUUGAAGCUUGCUGGCUGCGGCCUGUGAGCUUUGUUCUUGCCUAGACUAGUUAUGCUGUCUUGGCUAGACUAGCUAUGCUAUCUUGGACAAGCACAUUCACUGUGGUGCUUCGGGUCCAGCAGCUACCAAAGCAGGCAAAUGGUAGUCUCUGGCUCUUGAGACUCUUCUGAAGAUAAACCAGAGACAGAAGCCAGGAGGGCAUACGUGAAAUUAGCUGCUGCUUACUGUUCACUGAUCACCUUGUGACAGAAGGGCAAAUGGAAGUUCAUUGCUAUGAAGAGCCAGGCUGGAUAGGGAGCCUCAAGUCUGUUCCAUGUGACCAGGGUUAGAAGCCAGUCUUUUGCCCGGCAAAAGAAAGCAGAGUCACUCUCCACAGAGGUCCUGGGCACAAGAAAAGGCCUUGUAGAAAUCUGUACCUGAGAGCAGGCGAUUCAUCCUCUUUCUAAAUCCAGCUGCUUUCUUUGUCCUUUACAGAUGAGCAGGGCGCAGACGCCCCCAGUGAGCCCAGCCAGCAGUCUACCCAGGAGGAGUCCAACUAAGCUGACGGCCACCUUGAAGGCCACUGGGUGGGGAUGGGUGGGUUUUUUUUCCCACCAUGUUCGUGUUAUAUAGGGAGGAAGGAUACUGACAGAUUUAAGAAGGCAGCUAAUUCCGACUUCAAGUUAUAAGGGGAGAGGUGGUUUCCAAGGUUCUCUGGAUCCUGUGUGGGUGUUGAAGUGGUGUACGAAGGGGGAGAGUCUCUGGGAUGGGCAGGGCCUUUGAAGAGUGGGGGCUGGUGAAACACAAGUUUAGGAAUGAAUUUAACCAUCCUGAGUCAUGUAUGAAAUUCACUUCUAGAGGUGAACCCCUGAUUUCCUCAAGCCUCACUCGGGACAGAAGGCACCAUCCAGUUCAGCCUUCUGCCCACUUUGCCUGAUCCCCAGGCUUGGGUACCAGGCUUGAUGUUUGAUCAAGGCUUCCAGACUAUGCAGGGCGGGUGCCAGGGACUGGGAUGUUGACAGCAGGCUCUGCAGCAUCCACUUUGCUCAGCCACCACCCCUCGCUCGACCUCUUCCAGCAAGUGAGCAUCCUGAUGGCUUCACCUCCCCGUGAAGCUCCAGCAAUGAUGGGCGUCCUUUCUCAUUUAAAAAUGUAGAUUUUAGUAUUCAAUGUUUUUAUGGUGGGCACUGAAGCAGUUCUUAGAGCAUAACAUGGCAGUUUGUUCUCCGAGGACAGCCGAGUAUUAAAUAAAGUGAGCAUUGGAAA